UUUCUAUUUCAAAGUCCAUUACUGUGGAGCCAGAAAAUUCAUCUAAAUGGACUCAGGGCUCUUAAUUAUUUACCAUCUGGUGAGGGUUCGAAUCCUGCUGGGGUCGUCUUUUGAUCCAUAAAUUCUAAACUCAGUGACAGCGGCAACAGCAAGUCAGCAGAAUAGAAAAGUAGCAAUGGAGGAGAUGAAGGUGGAUGAGAAGGAAGCGCUAGCAUGCUGCGGCAGCACCCAAUUCGCCAAGCAAAUGGCUCUGGCCUCUCCUUUUCCUUCCUUGGAUCAUGCUGUCUCUGCCGCCACGGAUAUCUGGUUCAACAAGGUUGAUGUUAAUGGUUGGCUGGAAGCAUUUGCAGCUCAUCCUCAGAUCGGAGAAUCCCCUUCUCCUUCUUCUCACACCACCAGUGCUCAGUGGAGUAAGGGAGAACAAUCAACUGCUUUAGCAACUGCCACUGAUUUGGGCUUGCAGGAACUAUCUGACUGGAAUGCUCGAUAUAGACAAAAAUUUGGACAUGUAUUUCUCAUCUGCGCAGCUGGGAGGAGUGCUACUGAAAUACUUGCUGAAUUGACGAAUCGGUACUGGAACAGGCCCAUAGUUGAGCUUGAGAUAGCAGCCAAAGAGCAGAUGAAAAUAACGGAAUUGCGUCUUAGAAAGCUUCUCUCUGCCAAGGCAGAAGCUGUAUCAACAGGCAGCCAGUAUUCAAAGGUGGUUGUGAGUAAAGCAGAAGAAGAGCGUGUGAGCAUAAUUGGACAGCAUUUAAGUGCUUCUUUAGAAGCUUUUCCGGGAAAAGCACCUCAAGUCCAAGCUCGAAGUCGACCACCCAUUACUACCCAUGUCUUGGAUGUUUCUCGGGGAUCUCCAGCUGCUGGUAUUGAAGUACGUUUGGAAAUGUGGAAGGGUGGUGAACCUUGUCCAUUGUUUGGUGAGAUGGAUAGAGGUGGUUGGGUUCUUCAAGGAUGUUCAACUACUGAUAGAGAUGGACGAAGUGGUCAUUUGAUAAGCAUGGUAGAUGCAGUGAGCCCUGGAGUAUACAGGAUAAGUUUUAACACGGGUAAGUACUGCCCGGUAGGCUUUUUCCCCUAUGUCUCAAUAGUCUUUGAAAUCAAAGAGUCACAGAAAUUGGAGCAUUUUCACGUUCCUCUACUGCUUUCACCGUUCUCAUUCACAACUUACCGCGGGAGCUAAGAGGAAUGUUGAGUUUCUGAUGUAAUCAUAUGCUUGAACGAUUGAGGGUGUUAUCUCUCUUACUAUGAUUACCAUGUGGUGAGUUAGUUAUUGUUGUGAUGAAAAUUGAGACUUGUUUGCUUUUUGUAGCGGGGAAGAUUGUAUUUGAAAAAAUAAACUGAAAAAGUGAACGCAUUGUUAGCCUUUUC